ACAAAGAUGAGCACAGUUUGAGAUCAUUCGGAACAAGUUAAAAUAAACCUACUCAUUUAUCAGCUGGGUUAAAUGAGAGGCUAGAGCAGGGGGACUAGUACUGCUGUGAAGUGACCUGGUUUGACAACUGUCCUUGCUGACAAUCUAUCUAACAUCUAGUGUCAUCAAACUACCAAAGAAAAGCAACCUUGCUUUGAGCCAUUGAUCAUGGUGGAUAUGCACUAUUAUGCAUUUCUGCAUGUAUGCUAGUCUCAUUGUAGUAAAGCAAAGGUUUUUGGUAGGGUUUAAGCCUUAAAAGCAGUGAGAAAUGAGAGAUGAUGAUCAGGUCUCUGAAGAAUCAAUGAAGCAAGCUCAACCUGCUCCUUCAGCUACUGUAUCUUCUGCACUGCCAUUCAGCUUCUUUUUUCCUCCCAAUCACUCAACUAGUUCUCAGAUGACCUAUGGAGUUGAAGAGCUCUAUUCCCAGUUGUCUGUAAUGCCACUGAGGUCCGAUGGAUCUCUGUGUAUCAGGGAAGCACUCAGCCGGUCACAACAAGAAGAAAUAACAGUGAAAUCUUCUUCUCCAAAACUUGAAGAUCUCUUUAGUGGAAUUAAUGGCUACCCUCAUCAAAACACUGAGCAGCAGACACUGCAGAGAGAGGGGAUGUUCUCUGGACUGGCAGGUCAGGAGAUAUUUCAGCAACCAUUGGGAGAGGAAUUAGUGGCAGAAGCUGGCAUUUCAAGCCUGAAAAACUUGGCUACCCAAGGGUUGGGUUAUGAGGACUUGCACUAUUUGAGCUUGUCCAUGAAUCCUGUACCUCAAUCUAGCUAUAGCAUAGCUUCACAGUAUCUCUCUCCUCCUGCUUCAGCACCUCAAUUCAUGGCCUUGAAUUCAACCAAAAAGAAAGGCACAGGGAAAGGGGUUCAAAAACAACCAGUGCACAGGAAAACCAUUGAUUCAUUUGGCCAGAGAACAUCACAGUAUAGAGGUGUUACUAGGCAUAGGUGGACUGGAAGAUAUGAAGCUCAUCUCUGGGAUAACAGUUGCAAAAAGGAAGGACAAACCAGGAAAGGAAGGCAAGUUUAUCUUGGUGGUUAUGACAUGGAGGAAAAGGCUGCAAGAGCAUAUGACUUGGCUGCACUCAAAUACUGGGGACCUUCAACUCAUAUCAACUUUCCAUUGGAGAACUAUCAUGAAGAGCUUGAAGAAAUGAAGAACAUGAACAGGCAGGAAUAUGUGUCACAUUUGAGAAGAAAAAGCAGUGGGUUUUCAAGAGGAGCAUCUAUUUACCGUGGAGUAACAAGGCAUCAUCAGCAUGGAAGAUGGCAAGCCAGGAUAGGCAGGGUAGCUGGAAACAAAGAUCUUUAUCUUGGAACCUUCAGUACUCAAGAGGAAGCAGCUGAAGCUUAUGACAUUGCUGCAAUUAAGUUCCGCGGAGGAAAUGCAGUAACAAACUUCAAGAUAACAAGAUAUGAUGUAGAGAAGAUCAUGGCAAGCAGUACAUUGCUUACAGCUGACCUUGCCAGGAGAAGCACUGAUACUCCUGUGAAAAAGGUGCUUCACUUAACUGAUCAAGAACAUACUAAUGGUGAUGGUGGCUCAGAUUGGAAGAUGAUUUUUGAACUUCAUAACAAGCCACAUCCCAUGUACAUCAGUGCCACUUCUUGGAUUCCAAUGGCUGAUCAGUUGUCAUGGUUUAUUGCUUGAAUUAAUGUAGUUUUGCCUUUUGGAAACAUGAAUAUGAAUGUGAA